AUGGCUCUGCAAGCGGCCCAAUUAGAGAAUGAGGUCUGGACCGCUCGACACGUGGGGAUCAGCGGAUUACUGGAACGCAAUCGGGAGAGGUGCAAUGAUCUGCCGUCAAAAGCUGAUCCCUCCAAGCCCAAAGUUGGCCUUCUCUCCCAGACAAUCAUACCAAGCCCGGCCAUCCAGCUGAUUCUGCCGGCCCGCUUGCGAAGCAAACGCCAGAAUGACGUGGUGUUUAUCGGCGAAAGAUCGAUCCAGCUUCGUGAGAUUGUUAUGGGCACUUACCUCGAGGAUGUUACCAUAAAAUCGGAUUUUGACGCGAACAUUGUUGCGGCCAAGGCCAUUCGAGCCUGUCCAGAACUACCAUGGGAUGUUCAGAUGAAAUUAGGGGCGCACAGUCGUUCACCCGAUCAUUCCUCAGAAGCGGAAGAUUCAUUACCCUCCCAGCUCUUGGUGCUCACUUUAGACUCUAAGGAACUGGUUUUCCUUUACUACCGCAACGAGCCUUCGCCCAAGGAUGGCCACUUUGUACAUUUUCGUCGGCCUUUGCCCUCAGAUGUCAGCAUUCUCGAGCGAUUUGGUCGACAUCUCGCUGUCGAUCCGAGGUCUCGGGCAAUCGCUGUCGCUGCUCCCGCCGACUUCUUUGGGAUUUUCACCAUGAAAUCACCCCAAGAGCUUCAGUCGCAGAUGGCAGAAGGAAAAUUAAAUCCAAUCGCAGAGGAACGUUUCUUUCGUGUCGACGGGGACAUUUUGUUUAUGGACUUCCUCUUCCCUGAAGCGGACGAUGGGGACAGAAUUAUUCUCCUUUUGUUGGUGGCAAAAGAUCAGCACACGUUCGCUGUGUGUUAUGACUGGGACUCGUCUGAAACACUACGACAAGCUCGCCCCAGAGUUACCACAAGGAAGCUGCCUGCAGAAUGCAGGUUGCCAAACAUUCUGGUUCCUUUGACCAAAGCAACGUCCUUUAUGUUGAUCACGAGCACAUCGAUGGUGGUGUAUAGGAAUGCGCUGGAUGCGAGAAUGAAAGGGCCGUCGAGUCGGUAUCCGAUUCAAUCGCCGGAGCGAGAUUCCCGUCUGUCUCCGUUAUGGACACGGUGGGCUAGACCAUAUCGUAACUGGGUCUACAACCAGCAGCAUGACGACAUCUACCUUUGCCGGGAAGAUGGUUGGCUUUUCUAUCUCGAAAUUGGUAAUAAAGGUGAGAUCGAGCAUCAGUCACAUCUUGGUCAACUUGGUUGCGAUGUUGAUGCUGCUUUCGAUAUUAUUGACUUCGAUUUCGAGGGUGGUGAUCUUCUCCUGGCUGCAGGAAACAUGGGUGACGGAGGACUGUUCAUCCAACGGGCAAGAGAACAUCCGAAAUGUGUCCAGAAGUUUUUGAAUUGGUCGCCUGUCUUGGAUGCUGUGGUUGUUCCCCCUCCUUCCCAGAGUGGCAGCCAAACAGGUGAGGUAACACGGAACGACACAUCCUCCAGUGACCGGCUUUAUGUAUGCUCUGCAUCAACAACCGGCCGUGGGGCUCUCGUCGAGCUUCGAUACGGCGUCGAAGCUCGAAUAGGCUUGAUUAUUCCUCUAGAGGAUCUGUCGAGCACCCGCUAUAUCUGGACCAUGCCGGAUUACGUCGAUGGCGGCACCUACCUUCUCACGUCGGAUCCAGUCUCCUCAACUCUUCUGUAUCUUCCCAGGGAUACAGGAGAGGAGAUUUACGCCAUGGAUGACUCGGACUCGGCCUUGGAUUUCUCUUCUCAAACUUUGGCCGCGGGAUAUACCACAACAGGUAUUGUUAUUCAAGUCACGAACAGCUCCAUCCAUCUCUCAGCUCCUCGCGAGCCGAACCUGAAUUUCAUUUUUAAUUAUGAGACCGAUCAGACUGUUGUCGCUUCCGCCAUUCACCACAAGCACGCACUUGUUGUGACAGCGACCAGGUCUCCCCAGGCAAUGCAAGUACACGUCGGCAGAAUAUUAUCAACCAAUAACACCCUCCAGAUAGAGCCUGUAGGACAGCCAGUCGAUACCAGCCAUGAGCCGGUAUCUGUGUUGAUCGAAGAUAUCGAAUCCGACGUCUACGUUUUCAUUGGUACCAGUGACGGUCACCUCCUCUCCUACCGUGUAGAACAGGAAGAUCUUUCACAAUUGGGCGACUAUGCCAUCAAUCUGAGUGGAGAUGACGUUUCCAGAGCAAUUGAAAGUAUUGCUAGAGUCAUUGCAGCCGGAGACAGCGGUCAGAAAAGUUCAACAUUGUUCUGCGGCCUUCGAAGCGGCGUUCUGGUUCCCUUUAGCAUAAAAACUGGAGAAGCGGAGAAUGAGGCUCCGAUAGAGCUCAGGCAAGGGAUGCCGCGAAGACUUGGUCAAACUACUGUCAGACUCGGCACCAACACGACAAGGCAAGAUUUUGCGUUGGUCACAUGUGGAAAUGGCUUUUGGCAUCUAUCACACAUUAACAGUCGUGAUUCGCUGGAUUAUGCUCUCCAACAGAUAUGGAUUACGGACCAAAACAAUGUAGCCAUCCUACGUUCAAAAAGCGUGGAUGUUUUCACUCUGAUCGAUGCGCAACCGAACCCGAGUCCUGACGGUCUAGCUGGGUCACUCGUCUGUAUCAGUGAAGGACAGCUUUUGAUCAGCACUCUGGACCGACUUCCCAGAACUGUUCCUCGAAGAAUCGAGCUACCAGGCAGUGCUAACAGAGUAACAUACUCACGACACCUCAGAAGCCUGGUGGUGGCAUACACCACGGUAGAAUUAGACAAUCGCGCGGACGCGGAACCCAUCAAACGCUAUCUGCGCCCUCAUAUUGAGUUCAUCAACCUGGAUGACUCUCAUUCGGGAGUGGGAUCAUCGCAAACUGCAGCCGGUAGUAAACACAUCUCUAAGCCCUGGAGACCAUGUGGAGCUGCUGGAGAACGGAUCACCUGCAUCCUGGACUGGACUCCCAAGCGUGAUGGAGUGGAAUAUCACUUCAUCGUUAUUGGAACCGCACGGAAGAAUCAAGAGGACAAUGGUCGUGUCAUCUUCUUGCAAGCACAGCGGAGUGCGGCCAAUCCCGAACAGAUUGAGUGCUCUGUGAAACAUAUUCACAGGUUCGAGGGGCCGGUUCGCUCCCUGGCUGCAUAUGGCAACUCGACUUUAAUGGUCGGCACCGGUUACGAUGUCGUUCCGCUGGAGCCGAAAUUUUCAGAAAGGCGAUGGGCCCGCGCAGCACGGUUCAGACUGACGUCUCCAGCGGUCUCCAUCACCGUUCGCCAGCCAUACAUUUACGUUUCCACGGCAAGAGAGUCGUUGGUGGUGCUCCAAGUGGUCAACGAUAAACUAGAACUGUAUGCCCACGAUGGGGUGAAACGCGAAGGGCUGUCGCAUUACUACAUUGGAGGGGAUGCGAAGUUGACGCUCGCCACCAGCAGAGGAGGCACGGUUAGUGCUCUCUCGGAGAUUGGUGUCACCGAGAAUGAUAAAAUGAUGUCGCCCGCAGUUGCUGAGGCCCAUUUGCCUCUAUCGGUUAUUCGGCUGGGACCAUGUUCAGCGCCUUCGCCUUUGCCAUCGUCUACCGCUGUAUACGGCACGACGAUGGAUGGGACGGUCUAUCGAAUAAUGACACUUGAAGAAAGAGAAUGGCGUCUUCUCCGAUUCAUUCAGAACUUGUGCAGCAAGGAUGCCACCCUAUCUCCGUUCCUGGCAGCCAGAAAGAAACGAUGGAUAUGGGCCGAUAUUGAGCCGACUUCUUCAAACAAGCCGUCUCACAUGCAUGUCAACGGUGACAUACUUGCCCGGCUACUCCAAUAUGGUUCUGACCAUCUGCGACACAUGUUGACCAGCGACACCCGUUCGCCUUCUUCGGAUGCCGCAACGUUGCCCCCGAAAUCGUAUAUGGAGCUGUUUUUGGAACUUGCGGGGGAUUUACUGGGCGAGACGUCAGAUCCCGUGUCCCAGGUCAUGGAUUGGCUGGGGAAAUUGCUGCAGUUUGGAUUUUGA